CCCGUGUCCAACGAUUCCAUGGUCCCCAAGCGCGCUAGGCUUAUGCCUUCUUCUAUAUUAUAACCGAGAGUACACGAAAACAGGCCGUGCAGCGAGUGUCGUAUAUUAGUGCGUGUGGCGUCCUGUAUGUCUUGACGCUUUGGAAUUUUUUUUUUUCGGGAGGAAAAAAAAUUUAAGACUGAGUGAAAAAAAUAAUUUGUAAAAAAAAAGGAAAAAAAAAAUUAGACAUGUUUGACGUUUUUGGUUCGGUGAAGGGCUUGUUAAAGCUCGAUGCAGUUUGCAUUGACAACAAUGUAUUUCGACUUCAUUAUAAGGCAACUGUGAUUAUUUUAAUUGCCUUUUCACUAUUGGUUACAUCAAGACAAUACAUUGGUGAUCCAAUUGAUUGUAUUGUUGAUGAAAUUCCAUUAAAUGUUAUGGACACUUAUUGCUGGAUUUAUUCAACAUUUACAAUUCCAAAUCGUGUGGGAAUUAUUGGCAAGGAUGUCGUUCAUCCCGGUGUAGCAUCACCGCAAUCAGAUCGCGAUGAAGAAGUGAAAUAUCAUAAAUAUUAUCAAUGGGUAUGCUUCACAUUAUUCUUUCAAGCAAUUCUUUUCUAUGUACCACGUUAUCUUUGGAAAACAUGGGAAGGUGGUAGAAUAAAAAUGCUUGUAUUGGAUCUUAAUUGUCCUGUAGUGACUGAUGAUUGUAAAUCAGAACGACGUAAAUUACUUGUUGAAUAUUUUGCAACUAAUUUACAUACACAAAAUUUUUAUGCAUUUCGCUUUUUUCUUUGUGAAGUUUUAAAUUUUAUCAAUGUAAUUGGACAAAUUUAUUUUGUUGACUUUUUCCUUGAUGGUGAAUUUUCAACGUACGGCUCUGAUGUUCUUAAAUUCACUGAAAUGGAACCCGAACAAAGAAUUGAUCCAAUGUCAAGGGUCUUUCCAAAAGUGACAAAAUGCACCUUCCAUAAAUAUGGUGCUUCCGGUACAGUGCAAAAGUUUGACGGUUUAUGUGUAUUGCCAUUAAAUAUUGUUAAUGAAAAAAUUUAUGUGUUCCUUUGGUUUUGGUUUAUAUUUCUAUCAGUAUUGAGUGGUUUAAGUCUUGCCUAUAGAGCCGCAGUUGUUGCUGGACCAAAACUUCGUCUUAUAUUAUUACGUGCACGUUCACGAUUAUCGCCAAAGGAUCAAAUUGAAAUAAUUUCUGAAAAAUGUCAAAUUGGCGAUUGGUUCAUUUUGUAUCAAUUGGGUAAAAAUAUUGAUCCACUCAUCUAUAAACAACUCAUCUCGGAACUUGCAUCAAAACUCACCGGCAAAGAAGGAAUGCAGAAUGUAUAAAAAAAAAAGGAAAGGGAAGUUUUUUUUUAAAAUCUCAUUAAAAAUGAGAUUUUGUAUUUUUUUGAAAAAAAAAAAUUAGCAUCUGUAGAUUUGUUUAUGAUUGAAUUUGAGGGGAGAAAGGGGAUAAAAAAAAGAGGUGGGAGGAAAAUGGGAAUAGAGAGGGGGUGGGUCUCAAUCAGCUGACCUGUGAUAAUCCGAUUUAAUUAUCAAAAAAAAAAAUAUUCUGGGAAUUUUUUUCCAUCAGCUGUAGAGAAAAUCAAUAUUGAACAUGGCUCUAAAUUUCAAGGAUAAAAAAAUAAUUUUCAAUUAUCUUAUUUUUCUUUUUUUUUUGAUUUUGAUUCAAAAAAUGUUAUUUUGAAUUUUGAAAAUUAUUUCAGUCAUCUUUGCUUUCAUCUUCAGAAUCAUUUUAGAAUCAUGUUUAAAAAAUUUUGAAAAUCAUUUUUGAAAUCAUUUUGAAGAUAAUUAAAAUAAAAAUUUUUGAUUCCGUGGGAAAAUAUUUUUUGUGAAGUUGGAGUCUGUGCCGACAGGUGGCGAUCGUCAAUAUUGAGCAAAGAUUCCUCAGGAUCGGUUGCCGGUUUUCUUUUUUUUUUUUUUGGAGGACCGCUUCCAAAUCCGCCCAUUCUCUUUGUAUUCCCCUCCAUAUGCAUACUCAUCGAUUAUUCUGGUAAAAUACAUGUCGAUUUAUUUUUAUUUUUAAUUUUUUUUUUUUUUUUUUCUCAUUCGAUGGACGUAUUUAAGGGAGGGACUGCCCAGAUUCUUGGGCUGUGGACCAAGGCUUCGUAGACUCUUAAUUGUGUGAUAAAAAACGGGGGACGGCGUUCUUCUUUAUUCUCUUUUUUUCUUUCAUCCCAAAGUGUAUAGCGUUCCCCAGGAAAAAAAAAUGCAAUUCUUUUUAUUUCAAUCAAAAACUUUUCUUUAAAUUUUUUUUUGGGACAUUUCAAAAAUGUCGGAAAAAAAACAAUUUCCAGUGAAAAUUGAAAGUAAUAUUUAAUUACUUAUGUUAAUUAAUUCUUUAGUAAAUUUGUUAAUUAAUUUGUUAAUUAAUUAUUUAAUUAAUUAAUUUUUUUAAAUUAUAAUAAUGUAAUAAUAAAUAAAUGAUGUAAAAAUAUUAUAUUGUGCAAAUAUUUAAGUGUAUAAUGAAAAAAAAAAAAAUUUUGCUAAAAUUACUUUAAAAUGAGGUAAUCGAGUCUUUGAACUCUGGACCAGUAUGAUUAGCGUAGCUGAUGAGAAAAGAAAAUAAGGAAAAAAAUUUUACAAUUCAGGCGAUGAUAAAAAGACAAAAAAAAAAUCGGUACUUUUUUCUCUCUUUUUUUUUGCAUUUUCUGUUCUGCGUGGAACGCACCAAAAUUAAUUAAAUUAAUAUUUAUUAACUACAUUAAUGUUAAUCAGUUAAUAAUAUUAUUUUUAAAAUAAUAAAGAAAAAGCAAUUUUUUAAUAAAAAUAAUUUAAAAUAAUAAUAAUAAUAUAAAUAACAAUAAAAGAAGAACGACCCGAUCCUGACUUUGUUAGGAAUAGUAAUAAAAAAAAAAAAAGACGCCCCGCGAAGUCCGCCCUUGGACUUUAAAAGAAAUCGCCGCACAAGGGCGUUACUUUCGCCGAAUUAACAUUUGGAAAAAAAAAGCAGCGAAAUCUAUAAAGAACAAUCUCCCCCUUUUUUUUACUAUUUUUUUUUUUUUUUCUUUUUUUUGCCGAAGAAGGGACGAGAUUGCGCGCCGUCCUCCCCAGUAGCGUAACUUCUUCGUCCUGUACCAAUUUUUUUUUUCGCUAUUGCAAUUAGACACUAGGUCAUAGGAAAAAAAAAAUAUAAAUAUAUUAUAUAUAUAUAGAUAGAAAAAAAAGAGAGAGCGAGAGAAAAAGAGUGAAAAGUGUGUAUAGAUAUCCGAUAUAUAGGUAUAUAUUUUAUAUAUAAUUUAUUGAUAUAUAAUAUAUUAUAAUAAUAUAUUAUUAUAUAAUAUAUAUAUAUAUCCUAUAUGUAUUAUAUAUAUUUUAUAUAUAUUAUAUAUUUUUUAUAUAUCAAUUUUUUUUUUUUUGUAAACAAAGUAUUUUCUUCCAUUCCGCACAAAAUAAACGAAGGGACCAAUAAUGAAUUGUAUUUUUGUAUUUUUGUCGCCAACAAUAAUAAUUAAUAAUGACAAAUGUUAUUUUCAAUUUAAUUAUUUAUAUAUAUAUAUAUACGGUAACAAAAAUAAUUUUAAUAAAAUUAGAUGAAUGAAUUUUUUUCCUAAUUUUAAUUUUUUGUUACUCAUUUAAUAAAAAUGUUCGAACAGGGUGACUAUUAAAAAUUGCGCUCAACAAUUAUUAUUAAUUAAUUAAUUGGUAAUUAUUAAUUGUAAUAAUUAUUAAUUACUAAUUAUUAAUUACUAAUUAUGAAUUGUAAUAAUAAUUAAUUAUAAAUAAUAUCUUCGUUUUUAUUGUUAUUAUUGCGAAAAAAAAGUGCUUUUGGGAGAAAAUUUCUCAUUUAUUUAGAUAGAAAAAAAAAAUACGAGCUUCUAUUAAUGUUUAAUAAAAAUCUUCACCCUAAAAAGGUUCUUUUUAGCAACAAUUUUAUAUCAAUGUAAUUAUAAUAGAUUUUUAAUCAUGAUUAAUUCAAUUGUAAUAAUAAUAAUUAUUAUGAUAAUGCGCAUUGUCGUAAUUUAAGUUGUGAAAUUUUCAUGCAAUAAAUCCCUUUCGAUAAAUUUUUUUUGUAUUUAUCAAUUUUAUCAUUUUUUGAGAAAGUAAAUAAUUUUUUUUUAAAUACUCAAUGGCUUUUUUUGUUCAUUGUACAUUAAUUUUUUUUACAAUACUUUCUUUUUAAUAUAUACACAUUUAUGCGAAAGGGAUUAAUUUGCGAAUUUUUCAAGUUCCAGAAGCAAUUUGUGUUUUUAGACUAUAUAGAAAAUAGGAGAAAUGAACUUAGAAGACAAUAAAAAGUACAUUAACGAUUAAAGUACAUUUUUUAUGAAUAUUAUUGAAUUAAUGAAUGUAUCACUAUUAUAUAUAUAUAUAUAUAUAUAUAUAUAUAUAUAUAUAUAUAUAUAUAUAUAUAUAUAUAUAUAUAUAUAUAUAUAUAUAUAUAUAUAUAUAUAUAUAUAUAUAUAUAUGAAAUGAUAUCUUUCCCUGAAAAAAAAAAAAAAUAAUCGAUGCUCAAAGUAAGACUGCCAAUUUGUAUACUCGCGGUUUUUUUUGCAAUUUUUUUUUUCUCUCAAAGAAAACGCAUUAAUAUUUUCAAUAUAAAUUUUUGUUUUAUAAUUUUUCAUUUUUGGUAGAAUUUUAUUCUUAGCUAAAAAUUCAAAUUUUUUUACAGAAAAAAAAAUUGUUCCUUUUUUUGGGUCAAUUUUUUUUUUCAAUUCCAACGAGGUUCAACGAGGUGCAUAAUAAAUAAAUUCUACUCUCGUCUUGUCCUCGAAACGUCAGGCAAAAAAAAAAAAUUGAAUUUUUUUUUAAUUUUGAAUUUUAGAAACAAAAUUUAUAUUGAAUGAUAUUGAAAUGUUUCUUGAAAGUUUUUAUUGAAAAUUUAUUUAUUUAUUUUAAUUUACACGAAUUUACAAAAAUUUUAAUAAGAAAAUUAAUAAUAAUUUAAAAAAAUUAUUAAUAAAAUUGAUAAUUGAUAAUUGAUAAUUGAUAAUUGAUAAUAAAUAAUAAAAAUUAAUAAAUAAAUAAAAAUAAAAAAAAAGAGAGAAAAAGAAAUUUUUUUCCAUCUGUACAACAGAAGCUAAAUUAGGAGCGGUUAAUAAUUUAAGUCUUAGCUUGUAAUUACGUUCUCUUUUUUUUAGGAAAAAAAAAAACAAGCGAUAAAAGUGCCUUUUUUUUGCAAAAAAAUCUUCACAAUCUGCAGUGAUUUUCAAUAUUAAAUUUUUAAAUCGAGAAAAUUUGAAAAAAAAUAAACGAUUAAUUUUUCAAUGAUUUUUAUUUAUUAUCCUGUACAAAUCACGAGAAUUGUAACGGUUGCUUUUAAAACCGUGAGAGAUAAGAAUAAGACUGCAGAUUGCAGAGAUUAAAUCGUAUAUAUAUAUAGUUAGCAAAAAAAGUGAUAAAUGACAAUACAACUAUUUUUAUAGUUUUUUUUUGGUAACAAAUGGCUAAAUUAAAUAAAAAAAAUUUUCAUAUCAGAUUAAUAAAAAGAAUAUUUUUUUUGCUCCUUUCACUUAAGGAGAGCGAACUCUCGCGUAAAUCAGGAUAAAUAAUUAUUUCGUUCUUCUUAACUAAUAUAUUUUUUUUAUUAGCGAAAUAUUUAUAAACCUGGAGUUUCGCUUUUUUUCAAUGAAAGGGAUGAGAAAAGAAUUUGUAAAUUUUUAUACUAAUGCAAAAAGAGAGAAAGAGGUGAGAAAAUUAAAAAAAAAAUUUGAAUUAUGUAAAAACUAUUUUAAAAAAAAUAUUAUUGUACUGAAAAUUGAAAAGGCUGAAAAAUUUUGUAAAAAGAGUUUGUAUAAAUAAAUUUGUUUAUAAAAUAAAUUUAUUUAUAAAUAAAUGUUUUGUAAUUUUUGUAUAAAAUCAAAUUUUUCGAUUUCAAAAAAAAAAAAAUGCGAUUAUGUAAUUUAAAUGUAAGGGUUAUCGCUUUUUUAAAAAAAUGGAGAAAAAAAAAUACAAAACGUAUGGUUGUAUUGUAAUAUUAAAAAUUAACAUCUAUAGAUGUUAAUGAUUUUUUUUUUUUUGUAAAAGAUGAGAAUUAUUGCUUAACCUUCUUUGCUUUGUUAGUUUCGACGAACAUUUAUAGUAACAAUUAACUAUAUUUUUUUGCACAUUCCGUCGAGUACUUGUUUAUAGAAAACAGUAUAUAUAUAAUAAUAAAUACGCGAGUGCAAAAAAUUAAAAAAAAACAAAAAAAAAAGGGAAUGAGAAAGAGUGAGAUUUAGCAUUUUAGAAAUGAAAUUUUUGCAUGAACGAAAGUUAUUAUUAUUAUAAAAUAAACAAUUCCAAGAGA